UUCGGGUUUCACACACUGUGCCCUCCCCCGGGGCGGGUGGCUAAAUUUGUCUUCCAUCUCUGUGCUUGGCUCCCUGGACCAGGGGAGAGGGCACAGCGGCCGCCGUGGGCAACGCGAGGGGCUCACCUGCGGGGGGAGGCUGUUUGGCAGCCCUGCUGAGGGUGCCGGCCCCCUCCCACCCCACUCAGGGGACAGGGACGGAGUCUGCCACAUGGCCUGGGACCAUGGACAGGAGGGGCAGGCAAAGGUGGCCGCUGCCCAGGCACUGAGGAAGGCGACAUCAUUCCAGGAGGGGGACCCUGGCCCUGGCCCACCAGUGGCCCUGGAAAUUCUGCAACAGCGGCCACCGGGGGCCUGUAGGGUUGGGCAGCACCCCCUUCCCACCCAGAGGCUGUGAGCACGUGCCCCUACCCACCGUGACAAGGAAAACACCCCAGAGGAGGCAAGCGCCCCCAGGGGCUGAUUGCUAAGCUGAGAACCACUUGGAUGAGACCCCAGGGGACUCGAGUGAGCUGCCCUUGGAAGACAGCACAGGGGGCGAUGGCCCAGUCCACCUCCACGUCCCCUGACGAGGGAGCCACCUUCGAGCACCUCUGGAGCUCUCUGGAGCCAGACAGCACCUACUUUGACCUUCCACAGCCGAGCCGGGGGAAUAACGAGGCUGCCGUCGGUGCCGAGCCCAGCAUGGACGUCUUCCAGCUGCCGGGCAUGACCACCUCCGUCAUGGCCCAGUUCAAUUUGCUCAGCAGCACCAUGGACCAGAUGAGCAGCCGCCCAGCCCCAGCCAGCCCCUACACCCCGGAGCACGCGGCCAGCGUGCCCACCCACUCGCCCUACGCGCAGCCCAGCUCCACCUUUGACACCAUGUCCCCGGCGCCCGUCAUCCCCUCCAACACCGACUACCCUGGCCCCCACCACUUCGAGGUCACCUUCCAGCAGUCAAGUACAGCCAAGUCAGCCACCUGGACGUACUCCCCACUGUUGAAGAAGCUCUACUGCCAAAUCGCCAAGACGUGCCCCAUCCAGAUCAAGGUGUCCACGCCACCGCCCCCGGGCACGGCCGUGAGGGCCAUGCCGGUUUACAAGAAGGCAGAGCACGUGACCGACAUCGUGAAGCGCUGCCCCAACCAUGAGCUUGGGAGGGAUUUCAACGAAGGACAGUCUGCCCCGGCCAGCCACCUCAUCCGCGUGGAGGGCAACAGCCUCUCACAGUAUGUGGACGACCCUGUCACCGGCAGGCAGAGUGUCGUGGUGCCCUACGAGCCCCCGCAGAGCCAGGGCCAGAUGUGGUUGAUGCCUGCCCUCCUCCUGCCUCCCCGCGUACAGGUGGGGACAGAGUUCACCACCAUCCUGUACAACUUCAUGUGCAACAGCAGCUGCGUGGGGGGCAUGAAUCGCCGGCCCAUCCUCAUCAUCAUCACCCUGGAGACCCGGGAUGGACAGGUGCUGGGCCGCCGGUCCUUUGAGGGACGCAUCUGUGCCUGUCCUGGCCGUGACCGCAAAGCCGAUGAGGACCACUACCGUGAGCAGCAAGCCCUGAACGAGAGCGCCACCAAGAGCGUGGCCGCUGGCAAGCGGGCGUUCAAGCAGAGUCCCCCUGCCAUCCCCACCCUGGGCAGCAGCGUGAAGAAGAGGCGGCACGGGGACGAGGACGUAUACUACAUGCACGUGCGCGGCCGGGAGAACUUCGAGAUCCUGAUGAAGGUGAAGGAGAGCCUGGAGCUGAUGGAGCUGGUGCCGCAGCCGCUCGUGGACUCCUACCGGCAGCAGCAGCAGCAGCUCCUGCAGAGGCCGAGCCCCCUACAGCCUCCAUCCUAUGGGCCUGUCCUCUCCCCCAUGAGCAAGGUGCACGCCGGAGUCAGUAAGCUGCCCUCGGUCAACCAGCUGGUGGGUCAGCCUCCCCCACACAGCUCAGCGGCUGGGCCCAACCUGGGGCCCAUGGGCCCUGGGGUGCUCAACAGCCACAGCCACACGGUGCCGGCCAACGGGGAGAUGAACGGCAGCCACAGUUCCCAGUCCAUGGUCUCGGGACCCCACUGCUCCCCACCACCACCCUACCACGCCGACCCCAGCCUUGUCAGCUUUCUAACAGGAUUGGGGUGCCCAAACUGCAUCGAGUACUUCACCUCCCAAGGGCUGCAGAACAUGUAUCACCUACAGAACCUGACCAUCGAGGACCUCGGGGCCCUGAAGAUCCCUGACCAGUACCGCAUGACCAUCUGGAGGGGGCUGCAGGACUUGAAGCAGGGCCAUGACUGUGGCCAGCAGCUGCUGCGCUCCAGCGGCAACACGGCCACCAUCUCCAUUGGCGGCUCGGGGGAGCUGCAGCGGCAGCGGGUCAUGGAGGCCGUGCAUUUCCGCGUGCGCCACACCAUCACCAUCCCCAACCGCAGCGGCCCCGGAGUAGCCGGCCCCGACGAGUGGGCGGACUUCGGCUUCGACCUGCCUGACUGCAGGUCCCGCAAGCAGCCCAUCAAGGAGGAGUUCACAGAGAGUGAGAGCCACUGAGGGCCCGGCCUCCCCGGCGCCUGCCACGGUCGCGCUUGGCCUCAGUGGCAAGACCUUUGGGCUGUGCCCGGAGAAAAGGCAGGGUCCUCCCAGUGUGCACCGCUUCCAAGGGGACAUCACUGGCCUUCUGCAGCCACCGGAGAUGCCCAUUGCGCCUGAAUCCCUGUGGGAAACUCUGGAGCUGCCUACCCGCAGGCUGGCCAGGUUGGGCGUGGGCUGGUGCUGGGGCAGGCUGUCCCUGGCAGGAGGAGCCACACCAGCAUCUGUUCUUUGGGGACUCUGCCCUCUCCCAACCAAGCAAGGACUCCUCUGCUGAUGUUCUGCCAAAAAGUAUUUCUGGUGUCUUUUUGUUCUGGGUAGCGGUGAGCAGCGGGUGACUGCCCUGAAACACGGUCACCGGCAGGUUGAGUCCAAACUGUGGUGCCCAAGGUGGGGCUGGGGACUCCUCUGCGGGACCUGAGGAUGGCUCUGUCCCCUGCGCACCCACUCGCAGUGACCGUGUCUUUCCUGCUCAAAUCAGAGCUGGCUGGAACUGGAGAGGACGGUGGACGAGGGCAUGGCCCCUCCUUGGAGGCCAGGAAGCUUCUGGCACCUGCCUCCAGCAGGCACCCCCACGAGCACCUGGCCGCCGUCACCGAGAGAGGUGACGGAGAGGAGGGGGAUAGCACGUCGCGGGGACUACUGGAAAUCGUCAACAUUUGAUAAAAUGUGCUCUUUUGUACGUGGA